CUCUGGCUUGCAUGCUGCCACGACAUGGAAUUUCUGUCGCAGACAUAUGUCGCGCUUCGUGGACCAACAGGAGCACCACAGACAGCUUCUGACACUAUCGCGAGGCUUAGCGACCGUCUUUCACCAGCAACAUUGUUAUCAGACCGACGCGCAGCAGUUCUUGCCCUCAAGGGACUGGCACGAGAUUGCAAGCAAGAUGUUGGUGAAAGGGCGCUCGUUGGGCUGUUGCAAGUGCUGUACAAUGAUGCAGAAGUCGAUUCCGACAUUGGGAAGGCCGUACUGGAGACGCUGAGCCUGCUAUGUGAUGUGGAGGAGGGGCGGGACUUGGGAUACAAGCACAGCGACGCUGUCCUUGCCAGCGACAAGACUGUGCAUACCCUAUUUUCCUUAUUAGCGGAUAACAGCUUCUAUUUGCGCUUUUCCACGCUUCAGUUCUUGUCGACAUUGCUGCACAAUCGACGCCAGGUGGUGCAAGGGUACUUUCUCACCGCGUCUGCUGGUCCUACAAGCGUCAUCUCUGUUUUGGAGGACAAGCGGGAAAUAAUUCGCAACGAGGCUAUUUCUGUCGUACAGGCGCUCGUGUCACAGAGUCCGGAUAUCCAGAAGAUACUGGCAUUCCAGGGAGCAUUUGAGAAAUUAUUCAACAUCAUUAGACAUGAGGGCGGUGUAGAUGGAGGUGCCGUUGCCCAAGAGGCACUGGCUUGCGUCGAUGCGUUACUGCGGUUCAAUUCAUCUAAUCAGAGCUACUUCAGGGAGACCGGUCUACCGCCUGUUCUGUGCACUCUUCUUCAAUUUCCCCCGAACAUCCAAUACAAUGAUCCAGCACCCCAGGAGUUCGCGCUUCAGUUUUGGGACCAGCAGAAAUUAAGCAACGCAUCGUAUGUCGUGGCUAUCCUUGGUAUGCUUGUUGGUUCCAAAGGAAAUAGCGAACAGGAAGCCUCUGUGUUCACGCGUUGUUUAGUGGAAAUUGCUCUAGCAUCCAAUGCACCGACGCAACUCAAAUCCCAGUCUCUAUAUCUACUUCCAUCAAACCUCAAUUUUCCGCUCUCCGAACUCACAUUAACGCCAUACAUGCCCGUACCUGAGACGAACGGCGAGGAGUGGGAUCGGCUAGAACCUGCUUCGGCGUUGGAUGCGCUUGUGGAGCUUGCUCUACACGGAGAAUACAAUGGGCUUUAUAGCGACAAACGCUUCAAAGACGGCUUGGAGCUGAGAGCAGCUGCUGCGACUGUGUUUGAGAAUUUCGUGCGCAAAGAUGAGAUAAAACAAGCUAUAGUUCAAGCUAUGAUUCCACCAGAAGAAGCCGCUCCGUCGGAAUACCCACCAACAACCCCGCUCCUUCAUUCUCUCGCCGCAUCUCCAGAUUCGACACCAGCCAUUGACUCGGCCAGGGUAACAGGCACACAGUUUGCAUCUCUUCUUUUCGCUCAUCUUCUCCGGUCAUCCUCAGGGGCAAAAUCACUUGCACGAGGCAUCGUACCCCAUCUUACCGCUUCCCCGGAGCUAGGGGGUGAAGGCGGCUUUUUCGUUCCCGCUGAUGGGGCUGCUCCACCUCCACCGUCCCCUCCCGAAGCAGACGACGACGAGCCUCCACAGACCCUUCUUCAGAUCUUGACCGAAAAUCUUUCGCUCGCUCUUCUGUCCCGAUCUCAUGCGAACACUUCCGAUAGGGACUCGAGAGAAUGGGACCGGCUGAUCGUCGGCUAUCUGACGCUACUUUCUCAGUGGCUUUGGGACGACCCUGCUGCUGUCAGAGACUUCUUGAAUGCGGGAGGCUUGGGUGUGCUAGUUGAACCUAUCAACCAUAUAUCCGACUCAGAUUCUAUCGUUCCCGGGCUGUGCGCGUUUCUAUUGGGCGUGUGUUAUGAAUUUAACAGAGAGCCCGGUGAGAUCACAAGGCAUACAAUCCAUCCCAUUCUGCAUCGGCUGGGCGUAGACUCCCUUGUAGGGUGCGUGUCCCGUCUACGGGAGGAUGAACGGUUCAAAUCUGUUGGCCCCGAUGCCAUGGUAUUUUUGUACCCUCCCUUGUCGCAUAUACAACCUAGCACCGCAAAAUCUGAUGCCGAAGUCGAAGGGGAGAUUUGGUUCGAUUGGGCAUUCGUGGACUUUUGGAAAUCAAAUUAUUAUACUGUGCAACGGGGAUUCUCUACGGCGCCAGAUCAGCUGUCGUCUUCUUCUGGGCAAAAUGCAGAAACCAUGGUGCUCGUGGCGUCACUACGGGAGACGAUACGGAAACAAUCUGAGGAGAUCACAGCGCUGCAAACACAGCUACGGGAGAAAACUGCUCGUGCGGACGAGGCCACUACGUUGAAAGAACAUGUAUCGUCAUUAACCUCACAGCUGGAGAGCUCUGAGUCAAAGCGCAAGGAUGUGGAAAAGGAGCAGGAGGACCUUCUUGUGCUGCUAGACGAGGUUAGCAGUAAACGUAGACGGGACAAGGACAGACUCAGAGGAGCAGGUCUGGAUGUGUCGGAGGAUGAAGAGGAUGAUGACGAAGAUGUGGGUAGUGGCGAGGAGUAAAUGCGAACAUGUGAACUGUGCAGUUAUCAUUGAAAAUCUGGAAUGUCUUUUGGGUUCUGUGCCGGAUUGUUGAUCAUUCAAGUACGCUUCGGUGAAAUCAUCGUCCAGGUCUUUUCAAGGCUUUUCUUGAUCUGGCG